AAAGCGAUGACGUCAUGUACUCUAUUACUAGUAUUUUGACUGUUCAACUUCACGAUCAUCGUCAUAAAUAUAUUGUUUUUAAUCAUUCCUGAGUAUUGAGAGUGUACAAAUUUGUCGGUUUUUUCAUCAUAAGAAGUAUAUAAAGAUGUUUUCAGGCGUUCCAGUAACUCAGAACUCAUCAUCAACAACAAGCCAUCGUCCAGAACUAUAUGAGGAGGUGAAACUGUACAGAAAUGUGCGAGAGCGAGAGAAAUAUGACAACAUGGCAGAACUAUUUGCAGUGAUCAACACUUUGGAAUGGCUUGAGAAAGCGUACAUUCGAGAUGCAGUUCCAGCUAAAGAAUACACAGGGUCAUGUUCCAAGCUUCUAAUGCAGUACAAGGCAGCGUUCAGACAUGUCAAGGGGGAGUUCACAUCAGUUGAAGACUUCAUGAAGAAAUACAGGAUGAAUUGCCCAGCUGCAAUGGAGAGGAUAAAAGAAGAUCGACCAAUCACAAUUAAGAAAGAUGACGGGAAUACCAGCGAAUGCAUCGCUCAAAUAGUAUCGUUAUUCAUCACUGUAAUGGACAAGCUGCGGCUGGACAUGAAGGCGGUGGACGAGGUCGAGCCAGAGGUCAAGGAACUUAGCGAGACCAUGGGUAGGAUGGGGUCACUACCAGCUGAAUAUGAUGGCAAAGAAAAGAUUAGUAAAUGGUUAAAGACGAUGGGUUCAAUGAGGGCAGCAGAAGAACUAUCUGAAGAGCAGAUCCGACAACUCCUCUACGACCUUGACUCUGCGUACAACAGCUUCAUGAGAAUUCUAUCCGGUGCAUCACAAUGAGGCAAGAUGACUUCCUGUGUACAUUAAUUAAUUAAGUCUCCCAUUAUGUCUCCCAAAGGGAUCGUCACUCUUUGCUAUCUUAGCCAGUGUAUCAAGAUGUAAGCCUUGGUAUGGCCAACGGUUUUAUUAUUCAUUCAUAUUUCUUGAUAUCGAUCAAGAAUGACUUUUUAUUGAUAAGACAAAAUGGUUUGUUGACGUAAAGAAUUUGAUUUCUUUAUUUGUGUUAAAGAUAUAGGCAAUUCUUGAUAUGGUUUGCAAUACGUACAUUGGCAAACAUACAUGUAGGCUAGAAUAUCCAUGUGUGACAUAUCUUUAUUUAAAGGGAUGGUCCAGGCUGGAGAUAUUUAUAUCUCAAUAAAUAGAGUUAAAUUCACAAAGCAAAAUGCUGAAAAUUAGAUCAAAAUCGGAUAACAAAUAACGAAGUUAUUGAAUUUUAAAGAUUUGCAUUAUUCCGGCGAAACAGUUCUAGGCAUGUCUUUACGAAUAUUCAUUAGGUGGGCUGAUGAUGUCAUAUCCCCACUUGUUCUUUCGUAUGUUAUUACAUGAAAUUAGGUUUUAUUCAAAAAUUUUCAACCAUGAACUAAAACAAUUGGAUUGACAACGGAUUAAGUGUAUUAGUUAUUUACUGCUAUUAUUUCAUCAUAAUGGAUGAAAUAAAAAAGAACAAGUAGGGAUAUGACAUCAUCAAUUUGCUCAUUGAAUAUUCAUGACGACAUGCCUAGAACUGCUUCAUGGGAAUACUGUAAAUCUUAAAAAUGCCAUAACUUUGUUAUACCUUGUCCGAUUUUGAUGAGAUUUAAGUUUUCUGUUUGUCUGAUUUUUCUUCAUCUGUUAAAAUAAUAUUAUUUUCAGCCCGGAGCAUCCCUUUAAGCAGGACAUAGAUCAGAUGCGUACGCCGGGGGGGGGGGGGGGGGGGUUAAAGGGGUUGAACCCUCCCCCCCCCUCAGAUUUUUUUUUCGAAAAUCCUGCGUAAGCUACUGACAUAGAUGAAAUGUCAAAUGCAAUAAGUCACAAUUAUAAGACAAAAGUGGGGAUGGGGUGUGUUUCACAAAGAUUGGCCCGAAUUCACAAAGGUGGUUUUGAUAACCCACGGUUGAAUCCAUGUUUUAUGCAGAUUUCCUGUAUAAACUACGCUUAAUUUAGCGUGUAUCGGGCUUGUGUAUAAGAAAUGUUAAAUGCUGAUGCGUGCUAUUGUCACAGUACGCCAAAUUGACGCCUGUUACCAUGGUUAGAUACGCUAUUUUAUUCAUGAGUCCACCGUUUGAAGAGUGGACUCAUUAAUUCAAAACAGCGGACUCAUGAAUAAAAUAGCGUGGAUAACCAUGGCAACAGGCGUUAAUUUGGCGCACUGUGACAAAAGCGCGCAUCGGCAUUGGACAUUGUUUAAUAUACGCGUUAAAUUAAGUGUAAUUUAUACAGGAAAUCUGCAUAAACCAUGGACUCAACCGUGGGUUUUGAAAACCACCUUCGUGAAUUCAGGCCAUUGAGUCUGACUAAAAUCACACUGAUCUGACUAUUCCCAGUCGGUGUACUAUUAUGGUGUAUCACCGCAACGGUAAGAUCUUGCUCAUGGGAUUAAUCAGUGAGUUCAUGUGUUAAAUAUGUGCACAUUGGAACGUAAUUUCCCUCAAGUCAGACUUGAUGCCUUGUGAAAUACCCCACUGCAGGGGCCGCGGGCGGAACGGUUUUCAAAGUGGGGGGGGGGGGGGCUGACCAUGCAAAAAAUCACAAUCAUAUGGUAAUUUUUACGUUUUUGUACACGGUUCUGGAAAAAAGUGGGCCCCCGCUUCCGCGGCCCCUGCACUUGUUGUGGAUAAAGUGGGACAAGAUGAAAACCAUUCCUAGACAUGACUAUUAUUGUAAAUUUAAUUAAUGUUUUCUUAUACAUUGAAUGGUUUGAUAUUUUGAACUGUUUAAUUAUAAAACAAUUAUUUAUCUAUUAUUGGGUUUUGUAUAUUUUCUUUUAAUAAUAUAUAACCAGAGAAUGUAAAAGAUUUCUAAUCAGAAAACAUCAUGUUAGUUACAUUUAAUUACAACAUUACAUAAUGUAAGAUUGCAACAUAUUUUUGGGUGCUUUAGAAAUGUUUUCAAUUAUUUUGAAUCUAAUUUUGAUCCAUUAGCUAUAAAAGCUAAACUGUGAACUCCGUAGGUUAAAAUUCUUGUAGUAAAUAUUCAUCUGAAUUAAAAAAUUCAUGAUUUGGCUAAAUUUGAUUAGGAUUAAAAAGAAUUUUUACACCACAGGGGCAAAUCUGUGAUAUAUCUUAAAGCACAAGAUUAUAAGCUGGUCAUGUGUAAUGUUGUAUACAUGUAAAGCUAUAAAAAGGAUAAGAGGUCUGGAAGUCUGCUGAUUAGCAAGAAGUCCGAUCAUCAUAUUUAUGAGUUUAUGCCAUUUUGGCGCAAGCCUCCUUUUUAACCCCAGACAAAAUCAUUCUGUGUUCGCUCAAGCAUGAACAAAACUAUUUUUUUAAUGGCAUUUGAAAGAUAAGACUUCAGAGCACCUAUUAACACCAAAAUAUAGACAUGAUUUAAAACAAAAAUUUUAUAGAAUUUUCAAAUCCCGUUUUUUUUAUACGCACUGUACAUCUUAUGAACAGGUUGUGCCACACCCUAAGGGCCAUGUUGCAUAAAAGUUGCAUACUAUUAUGCUUAAUUUGCUAUUCAAAGGUAAAUUCUAUGGAAUCCCUGAUUUGGAUUGGCUGUUUGGCGUUGUUACCAUGGUAGCCACCACUGGAUUGCAAACUUACCAUAAUAUUGACAUUUAUGAAAUUGGACCUUGGUUGUUAUAUAUUUCAUUGAUUGCAUGAAAUCUCAAUUAUAUAUCAUAAGAUGAAUCUUCAUUGCAUAAAAAUGAUGCCUCUUGCCAGUAAUCAGAAAUAAAGUGAUCGUUAUGCGGGAUGUCCCACACAACCUGGAACAUUGCAUGUUUAACACUUAUGGGGUGUUGUCACAGGCGCGUAUCCAGCGUCAGAUCCUACAAAGCAUUUCAUGGGCCCAAUAGUCAGGAGACAAUAGUGACCCAUACAUUUCUUUGUCAUAGUUGAUGCUGGAUAUGCUUUUGUGUACGAAACUUACUAGUCAAGUUUAAAUCAAGCAGACAACAUGGAAGUACUUUGAUUGAAUGCAAAUUUGUAGUUGAGAUAAUUUACAAUGUCUCAACUUUGUUCCAGUGCCACAUUGCGCUUCAUUCGGUGACUUGCACUUGUAUUUCAAUGCAACACAAGUUUCUUUUGCAAAAUUAGAAUUUAGUAUGUUUCAUUUUUGAUAGUGUCAUUGGUAAAAAAAGAUUUUCUACUGAUGAGAAUGAUAACAAGAUCAUUGACUUUGGUGAAGUGAUUUUGGUUCUUUGUCUGUUUCUGAAAAUUCUGUCAUUUUCAUUUGUCACAUACGUGAGUGUCAGAUAAAAAAAUUAAUUGUUUCUUGUCCUUCAUAUCAUGCACUCGUUUGGGGGAAUCUGCUUGAUGUGUGUCAACAUCAAAUUAUGAAAACAGAUUUAUGAACGGAACUCCAAAUAUUGUCCACAUCAUAUGAAGGGCCAUAUGUGAAAAAAAAAUUGGCAAAGCAUGAAUAUUUUAAUUGACAGAAAUUUUAAGUAAAAUAGCACCAAAUUCAACAAUGUUCGUGUCAUUCUUUUAUUUAACAGAUUACUUUGCCAAUGAUGUAAAUAAUGUUGUUGUUUUUUUGAAAAAAAAGAAGAAAUUAAAAUCCGCUCGUUGACGUCACGAAUAGUGGCAGCAAAAUCCAAAUUGCUUGGAAAAGAAACAAAAAUGGAAAUAAGUAGAUAUUUUUAAGUAUUGCAUUUAUUUAAUUGCCUUUAAUAUUACCUGCAUAAUAAUAUCAUAAGAAUUGAUGCAUUAGAAAAAGACAUGUACAGUACACAGAAAAUGAGCUUUAGAUCUGAAAAAAAGUCCCUCUAUGUUCAUCUCUCAGGGGCGGCACCAGAUAAUUUUGCCUAAAAGUGAGGCUGUUUUUCCCCCCUUUUUCUUGAAUUGAGUAAUGGGGUAUUAACCUGGCCUCUCUUAACUAUUUUUUCUUCUGUUUCCUUAUUUUUUCUCACUGCAUGUAUUUACAAACUUUUUUAUGGGGGGGGGGGGGGGGUCUGUUGUCCCCCUGCCCCCUGCAGUGCCACCCCUGAUACUUAUGAUGAGACAAACUUGAUUUGUUCAUUUUUGUUUACUAAUUUAUGUUUAUCAUGUUUAUGUAAACUUGUAAAGUAUACAUUUAUACAUUGUUGCUAUAUAGAUAAUAGUGCAAUUUGUAUUAUAUCAAAUUUUGUAAUACAGCA